AUGAGAUCCUUGCACCGAGCCAUCUUCAUGCAUGGAAACAGGAUUCAGCCCUUGUCCCAGUUGCGUAGCGUUGGUCAGAUGGUUAUCGGAGACUUCCGGAUACAGCCCCGCCCUCUGCCUUCUGAGCCGCCCCGCCCCUCAUCCCGUGCGCCUGUGCCGUGGCGCGCGUCCCCGCCCCUCGCCGUGCGCUCUCGCCACGGGGAGCCGAGAGGGCGGCGUGCGGUCGCGGUUCUUCGCGGGAGGCUGCGGCGCUGCGCGGGUGGGUGGGAACGUGGUGGAACUCCGGGCGCUGCGGCAGGGGCGACAGAGCGCCAUGGCGGCUGCUGUGGCUACGGCGGUCGGUGCCCGCACCGCGGCGAGGUGAGAGGACGCCUCUUUACCACAACUGAGGAGGCCAGGACAACCCGCCUGCCUGCACUCCACGCGGGCCGCGGCUACAGCAUGGCCGGGAUCAUUAAGAAGCAGAUCUUGAAGCAUCUGUCCCGGUUCACGAAGAAUCUUUCCCCAGACAAAAUCAACUUGAGCACGCUGAAAGGGGAGGGUCAGCUGACCCAUCUGGAGCUGGAUGAAGAGGUUCUGCAGAAUGUGCUGGAACUGCCUACCUGGCUGGCCAUCACCAGGGUCUACUGCAACAGGGCCUCCAUCCGGAUCCAGUGGACCAAGCUGAAGACACAUCCGAUCUGCUUGUGUCUGGAUAAGGUGGAGGUGGAGAUGAAAACCUGUGAGGACCCUCGCCCCCCCAAUGGACAGUCUCCCAUCGCCCUUGCUUCAGGACAGAGUGAGUACGGCUUUGCUGAGAAGGUGGUGGAGGGGAUGUUCAUCGUGGUCAACUCCAUCACCAUCAAGAUCCACUCCAAGGCCUUCCACGCUUCCUUUGAACUGUGGCAGCUCCAGGGUUAUAGUGUCAACCCCAACUGGCAGCAGAGUGACCUGCGUCUGACCCGCAUCACUGAUCCCCGCCGAGGAGAGGUUUUAACAUUUAAGGAAAUAACUUGGCAGACGCUCCGAGUCGAGGCAGACGCCACAGAAAAUGGUGAUCAGGACCCAGUUACCACCCCGCUGAGGCUCAUUACCAACCAAGGCCGGAUCCAGAUAGCCCUCAAGAGAAGAACGAAGGACUGCAACGUGGUUGCCUCCAAGUUGACGUUCCUCCUGGACGACCUGCUCUGGGUGCUGACAGACUCCCAGCUCAAAGCGAUGAUGAAGUAUGCUGAGUCGCUAAGCGAGGCCAUGGAGAAGUCGGCCCAGCAGAGAAAGAGCCUGGCACCCGAGCCUGUGCAGAUCACUCCACCCGCUCCCAGCGCCCAGCAGACCUGGACCCAGGCAUUCGGGGGCAGCCAGGGGAACAGCAGCAGCAGUCGCCUCAGCCAGUAUUUUGAGAAAUUUGAUGUGAAGGAGUCCUCGUACCACCUCCUCAUCUCCCGCCUGGACCUGCACAUCUGUGACGACAGCCAGUCCCGAGAGCCAGGUGUCUCUGCAAACAGACUCACAGGAGGUGCAAUGCAGCUCACCUUCCGCAAGAUGGCGUUCGACUACUACCCCUUCCACCGGGCAGGUGACAGCUGUAAACACUGGGUGCGGCACUGUGAGGCCAUGGAGACCCGAAGCCACUGGGCCCAGCAACUGGUGACAGAGUUUCAGAGUAGGAUGGAGAAGUGGUGUGAGGAGAGCAGUGUGAAGCCACCGUGGCAUCUGGGGGUAGACCCUCCCUUCCGGAAGAAAGCAGAUUCUUUCUCUAGUCCUGGAAAGAGCCCUCUCGACAAAAGCCCUACUCAGGGCCGGCAAGCUGCCUUUGGGUCUCCAGCAUGGAGUCGCUUACGCUCUAGCUGCCUGGUUGUACGAGUAGAUGACCUGGAUAUCCACCAGGUUUCCACAGCCGGACAGCCAAGUAAGAAGCCGUCCACCCUGCUCUCCUGCAGUCGCAAACGCCACCGCCUCCCGAGCCAGGUGGCUGCCAUCCAUGUACAGUUCACAGAGUAUUACUUCCCGGAUAAUCAGGAGCUUCCAGUUCCGUGCCCCAAUCUCUACAUCCAGUUAAACGGGCUGACGCUUACCGUGGAUCCCGUCAGCUUGCUCUGGGGAAACCUCUUCUGCCUGGACUUGUACCGAAGCUUGGAGCAGUUCAAGGCCAUCUACAAGCUGGAAGACCCCAGGGGCAAGGAUGAGCACUUGGACAUCCGACUGGAUGCGUUCUGGUUGAAGGUGAGCUUCCCACUGGAGACUAGGGAGCUGGCGAAGCUGCACCGUCCCCAGGCGCUUGUCCUCUCCGCGUCGGGCGUGAUUGCCACCAACACCCGGCACGCCCCACACUGCGGUUGUCCAGACCUCCAGGGCCUCUUCCGGGGCUUUGCUGCCGCCGAGUUCUUCCGCUCCAGCUACGGUCACUUUCCCAAGGUUCCAGGGGGCUUCAGCCUCCUGCACAUGCUCUUCCUGCACCACGCCUUCCAGAUGGACUCGCUUCCCGCUCAGCCUAGCUCCCUGCCUCCUCAGAGGCCAGCGGCGUCCCAGGACCUUUGGUCCCUGCAUUUCACCCAGAUUUCCUUGGACUUCGAAGGCACAGAGAAUGUCAAAGGCCAUGCCUUGAAUUUUGUGGCUCCCUUCCCCCUGUCCAUCUGGGCCUGCCUUCCUCUCCGCUGGCAGCAAGCCCAGGCUCGGCGGCUCCUUUUGGCCUCCGAGGGGAGGCUGAAACCGUCAGCCAGCUUCGGCAGCCCUGUGCACUCUGAGGCUCUUGCCCCCGAGUCCGGGUCCCAUCAGAGGUCAAAGACGGAACGAGAUUUGAAAAGCCUCUCCGGCUCGGGGGAAGGCCUGGGGGCUGUGAGAGAGGGUGAUGCUGGUGUGGACCACAGAGGGCAGGUGGCUGAGCUGGAGGAUGUGGCAGACAUUCACAUGCUUGUGCACUCCACCGCCCAUGUCAGAGUGAGGCUGGACCACUACCAGUACUUGGCCCUGCUGCGCCUCAUGGAGGUGCUUCAGGGCCUUCAGGAGCAGCUGACCAAGGACACAGAGGCCAUGAUUGGGUCUCCCCUGCAGGACCAGACAGUGUGUGUUGGAGUUCUCUUCCCCAGUGCUGAGGUGGCUCUUCUCAUGCCCCCAGACCCCGGGGCCGCUCACGCGGACUCUGCGGGCUCAGACACCACCAGCCUCAUAGACUCAGAGCUGUCGCCAUCAGAGGACCGAGAGCCAAAGUCUGAUGCCUCCUCAGACCAGGGCCCAGUGAGCCCUGAGAAGGUCCUGAGGGACAGCAGCGCUGAAAAUCUGGAUGCGUCCCAGGAGAGGCUACACAGUGAUGGGGAGCUACAGGACGUCGGUCCGCUCGCACAGCAGCCAGCAGGGAAGAGCCAUGAGGCGGUCGAGUCUUUACAGGCCAAGAAGUUGAGCAGAGCUCAAACCGCCACCAGCCCACCGGCUGCGGACAGGGAUGCUGCUCUGAAUGGACAAGGCGAGCCCAUUCCCUUGAGGAGCAUUGAGGGGGAAUUGUCCAGUGCCAUUCACAUGACCAAGGAUGCCACCAAAGAGGCACUCCACGCUACCGUGGACCUCACCAAGGAGGCUGUGUCCCUGACCAGGGAUGCCUUCAGUUUGGGUAGAGAUCGAAUGACUUCCACCAUGCACAAGAUGUUGUCCUUGCCUCCUGCCAAGGAGGCCAUGGCCAAGUCAGACGAGGGGGUGGCGGCCCCAGCGAGUGGAGGUCCUGCCCGGCUCCGGUUUUUCUCCAUGAAGAGGACAGUCUCUCAGCAGUCAUUCGAUGGUGUCUCGUUGGACAGCGGGGGCCCCGAAGACCGGAUUUCGGUGGACAGCGAUGGCAGUGACAGCUUUGUGAUGCUCUUGGAGUCUGAGUCUGGUCCAGAGUCUGUUCCACCAGGAUCUGUGACAAGCGUCUUGGAUGAUAGUGGCAUUCAAGGGAGCCCUGUCAUGGAUAGCAGUGGCCAGGGGUUGCCCGAGACCAACAGCUCAGCGUCAGCCAGUGGAGACCUCGCCCUGCACUCGGUGUCAGUUCUGGUCCUAAAGGUGAGCGAAGUGUCACUUGGGCUCGAGGUUCGAGGUGAGGACCUGGCCGUAGCCUUGCAAGCACAGCAGCUGGCCCUGCAGCAGCUCGGCACCGUGGGACUCUGGCAGUUUCUACAUGGACAGUGCCCAGGCCCAAGCUUUGAGGGACCCUCGGACCUGAAGACUGACUCCACCAGGCCUGCUGUGGGUCUGCGUUUUGAGGUGGGGCCUGGUGCAGCUGUUCAUUCCCCGCUGGCUGCACAGAAUGGCUUCCUGCGGUUCUCACUUCGGGGCUGUGACCUGGAGCUGUUCACCUCAGUGCUCAACGGUCUGGGGCCUUUCUUGGAGGAUGAGUGCGUCCCGGUGGUAGUCCCCAUGCAGAUGGAGCUCCUGGACUGCAGUGUUACUCUCAAGGAUGAUGUCCCUCCAAUCUAUCCAACAUCCCCUGGCCCUGUGCCCAUCACUUUGACAAUGGAGCGUCUCGUGCUGAAGCGGGGUGAUGAUGGUGUGUUUCACCUUGGUGCUCCUGCUCAGGACGGGCCGUUGGCUGAAGGACCUGAGAAGCAGCAGCUCCCGAAAGAGCAGGUGCCCCUGGUGCCCACAGGACAGGGCUUGGGACGCCAGGCUCAAGGAGAUGCUACUGUGUUCUCUAGUGGUGAACUGUUUCUCCUUCAGGAGAAAGGCUCGCCUACUCUGCAGCAAGAACUUGCAGACACCAAACAAGCACUGGCCAUUGCCACCCAGGACAGAGAAAAGCUGCUCCAGGAGAUUAGGAAAUACAACCCACUCUUUGAGCUUUGACAGCGGCUCAGCCGUCCAGGCUCCACAGAGAAGCUAUCACCAGCAACAGUGCCGCCUGGGACAGGCGCUGGCCCGGGAGCCAGCGGGGCCAGGAGCACACGUUCACUCCUUGUGUGCUUCCUGCUGGCUGCCAGCCUGGGUGGAGGAGGAGCCGGCAGAGCAUGGCCGCACCCAGGAAUGGGGUGGCUCUGUCCCUGGCCCUGCACUGCGUCUUGCCAUUAAUGUAGCCUUGUAGUCCUCUGCACACUAGAGGAGUCUUCUCUACAUCGUAGAGCGUUUCACCUCCUGGUGUCACGGCAGUGUCUGCUUCCUUCAUGGCCUGUGUGAACAGGUGUCCACCGAGUCAUGCACACAGCCACCAAAGAUCCCGUGUCCUGGAGCUUCCUGUGGCGUACCUGAGAGGUCCUUGGCCUGAGUCUUGAAGUAGAUCGAGCAAUAGCCGAUCCUCAGGGGUUGAGGCAGAGGAGGCCUGCGAUCAGGGCAACAUGGACUCGCCUCAGUGGACCGGGAGCUAGGCUCGUGUCAUCUUGGCUGAUGUUCUGGGCCAAGCUUUCAUGUAGGAUUUCUUCGUUGUGAUGCUUUGACCCUGAAGUGGCUAGAUCGUCUUUGCCUGCAUAAGAAUUGGUUUGAGGUUUAAGUCAGGACAGGGCUCACCUGCUCCCGAGUGCUCAGCUGAGAGCAUGACAGGGUGGGGAUACAGUUGCUGUUUUCACAGCUGUCCGUGACGGGGCCCUUCCUUUCUGUUCCUGGAGUCACCUGCUUUCCCAGGACUGCCUCGUCCUUCUGCCCGUGCUUCUGGUAGGCUUCCGACUGAGCUAAACUUAGUUCCACCCCCUCGGUAUGCGGCCUCACUCCCCUCUAUUUGGUUUUUUAAAAUCAUGUUUCCGAGGUUUCCUUCUGGUCCUGUAGAAGUUUCCCCUUUCCUUCCGGUUGUCAGAGCUUGGCUCUGUGGUGUGCUGUCUGGGUGGAAGCACGGCCUGGCUGACUCGCUUACUUGGCAGAUGGUCUGUCCGUCUGUCGUGAGCUGGUGAUGCUCUGGAGUCCUGACUGUGGUGAGGGAGGGAAGGAGGAGCACCAUUCCAUGUAAAAAGGAGCACAGCUAUGGAAGGAUAAGGUCACACUGUUCAGACUUGCAGGGCCAGACAUGUUCUUCACCAAGGCAAAUUUCAGAACACCAUGUCUUACAGAACUGGUUGGUUACACUGAGGAGACACAGAUUUGGGGACAACAUCUUCUGGAGACAGUGUUAACAGGUGAAGUUCCCUCAUUUCAAAUUUUUUAUAAAUGACCUAGAACUUUAAAUGGUGAACUGUUUAUCCUUCAGAAUGCCAUUCUGUUUACAUUCGAUGUCACACAACUUGUAGACAGUGAAAAGCAGACCAGAAGAGAGAAAUAACCAUAAAGCCACAGGGAAGUGAGCAAGGCUGUGAACCGGCAACCUGACAGGAGAGGUUCAGCACAGAGGAGGGCUGGGGUGGAGCCCAGUAGUAGAGUAUAUGAGCGGCACGCGUGAGGGCCUGGGCUCAGCCACGAUCACAAACUCUGUCACAGAAAUAAAGACUGUGUGUGUCUAAACAACCGCCACUACUACUAGAACCAAACACUCAGGAAAGAAGCCAGAGCCUUGCUGAGGGAGCAGGGAUCAGUGUGAUGCUGUGGUCUAAAGCCCGGCAGUGCCCCAGCACAGGGGAGUGCCCUCAUCCCCCUACUGGGCACUUCAGUUGUACUUGUUUAUCUGGGAGUUGGAGAGUGAUCAAGGUGAAGACAUUGUCCUGCUGAGGGGAGCAAGGGACCACACACAGGAUCGGGGACCCAAUCUUGAAACUUUAGUUCUGGGGCCCUGUCACUGCCUCAGGGAAAAAGAAAGCACUUUUAGCAAAGUCAGGAACUUGAAGGGCUUGUUGGAGAAGCGGCCCCUGUGUUUCUGACAUUCUUGGAGGGAAGGGAGAGCAGUAACUAGGAAACAGGAUCUUUCGGCUUCAGGGUCACUUGACCUGGCUUACAUCAAAUCCCUUCCUCUUCCGCUCACUGCAUCCCCUCCCUCAGGAAAAGAUUUCUGACAAAUACUUGGUGCACUUUACCCUUGAGCUUGCAGUAGAAACCUAUUUUGUGUCAAGGACAAUGCCUUAAUGGCCAGAACGUCAGGUUUUUGAGCUGAGGGAGUCAGGGCUUCUUGUCCAUGUGCAAACAGAGAUGUAGAGUUCUGGCCCCCUUUAUGCUUUGGCCUUUUGUGUCUUGAAAUCACACCUCGGGAAGGAAGCAUGGGAAGAUUAUCAUCCCAUGGCAUUUCAAUAGUGUCUUGCGAUUCCAUUGCCCUGUUCACUGGGGAUGAGCAGGAGAGACUUGGCCAUAAUGCAACUGGCUGUGUGGAUCUCCAGGGUAAGGGUACGGGAAACCGUCAGGCAGUGCUUUUGAAGUUCAGCUGUGAAGUUGCAGUUUGCAAUACGAAAUACCUCGAGACUUCUGCAGGGACCGCAACACUGUCCCUCAGAGUGUUCAGUCACUGCACAUGGCCCUCAGCUGUAAAACUCUUUAUAGCUGCAUCAUCUGUGAUUGUCGAACUUUCCUGUUUACAUGCCUGUGCCGGGAGUGUUCCCUGGUGUGUGUAGACUUAGAGUUGAGCCCGCUAACUGGGCUGCAGGGAUGUGGCUCAAACUCAUUUUCAGUUUACUGGAAUGAUGAACGGAGUCUCUGAUGGUGCCAACAUGGCUUCUCUCUCUCUCCCCAUGAGCUGUUUUCAGUUUCACUUUCUGACCUUACCGAGCUAUGGGCUGCACUCUUUAUGUGCUCUGUGCUGAGAGAAACGGGACAUGUGAAGUAGAAAGGGUCGCUACCACAACUCAGCAAAGCCCGGAACCAAGUAUCUGCUGUCUUUAUGUUGUGUUGGGUUUUCCUUAGGGGCUCCAGAGGUUGAGCCCUGCAGAGGUGGUGUGAGGUCUCCUGGGUGGGAGCUUUGUAUUCCUGACCCCUUUCUUUCAUCUUGAUGCAUAAACUACCCAAGCUAGCAGAGUAACAUCUGCUUAAGACCACGACAGCCAGGACUCGUAGUUAUGAUCUCUUGGAGAUGGGCAAUGCACGUUUGUCUGGGUGAUCAGAGCCUUGCAGGUGCCACCGCUCUCUCCAGUCCAGUUCUCCAGGGUAGGUAUGGAGAGUGGCUGUUAGUGAAGAAAGAGGCCUUCUGCCCCCAAGGCACAGGGAAACACUUGGUAACUUUUAACAGUUAAGCCUUGCUAAAGUGGCCAGGCCUGAGAUCUGAGCUUCCUGUUCUGCUGCUGUGUUUCUUAUCCUGUAUCCUUUAUCAAAGUGUGUUAAGAAUUUCCUAUUGGAGUUGGGAGGGAAAUUUUUUGUCAGUUUACUACUUUCUGGUGAAGAGUUAGCUUGAGUCUUACACCUUUCUGUGGAGUGCCCCCACAGAAGCGUCCUCUGCACUGGCUGAGCCAGUGAGUUUCAAUGUAAGUUCCUAAGUUAGAUCAGUCCAAUUACGUGAGUCUGAGCUGUUUCCCUAACUCAGGGUGCUAAAAUAAGACUUGCUCAGGAAAGCUUCAGAAGAAAACAGCUUCCAAGCCUGCUUCCUGUGACACUCAGCAGCACAUGGGGAGCGGGCCAGCAGAUUGCCAACUACAUCAGGUAGCCUUACUACUGCUAAUCACUGUCAAUGCCCUUCAUUCUCCGAGGAGAGCAGUGAGAAUGGAUACAGUGAACUGAACCUUGGUCAGUAUUGGGAAAUUUACUGUUGAAAUAGCUAAUCGAGUCCCAAGUGUACUGGUUCUGUGAACCACCUGAAAAGCAAAAUAAAUGAUACCAUUGAAUGGCA